UCUUGCAUUAAUUGGCUGUGGCCAUGCUCCCCCCGCCCCCACGGUGACGAGUCGCUGCGCCAGUGACCCUCCUGCUGACGCCGCGCCGCAAGAUGCCCGGCAAGAAGAGCCGCGCGCGGGAGUCGCCCUCCACCCAGUGGGUGCUGCUCGCUCCAGAGUCUGUUGUUGAUACACCAGAGAAGAUUAAUUCUGGUCCUGUUUUUACAAGACUUCGCAAUCCUAAAACGGCAAAUGGUGCCUUGUACCUUUUUAGUAGUGAUUGCAAACAAGUUUAUGAAGUGAAGGCUUUUGACGAAGACCAUCAUUCUUGGUUUAUCGGUCAGUCUGUUCAGCGUGAUGGAAGGCUGAUGUUUGUUACGCCCCUGGAUCCACUGUUUCUGGUACUACCAUACCUUAUUAAUGCCAGUGAAAAGCAAGGAAAAUUUGAGCCAGCUGAUCAGGUAAUAAAGGAUGAAGAUUUUCCCGAAUGCGCCAAUGUACUGAAAUGUUCGAGGACUUUGCAAUCACUUCAUUGUAUCACUGAUGAAAAAGAAAUGGGUGAUCGAAAGUUUUAUAAGUAUAACAGAGAGAAAACCCUUGUGUGGCUAAAAAAGAAGGCUGAACAGACUGUAAAGGCGCUAAAGUGUGCUGGUGUUUCUGUCGGCGGAGGUGUUCAGUCCAGUGUGUUGGUUAGGAGUAAACAAGUUGCAGAAGCAACAGAAGAGGAUUUCCUACGAUACGCUCAUGGUUUGCUGUCAGAAUAUAUUCCCAUGGGUUUAAGUGAGGAACUCUUCAAAUUCUUGGAGUUACCAGUUAUUUCAGCCAACACAGCAUCAAGUGAGCCAGCAUCAAAGGUGGCAUUCCAGCGACGCACUCGAAAGAAAACCAGUGUGCAAAGGUGAUCUGAAGUGUCGCUCUUAAUGCAAUUCAGUGAGUGAUCGUGCAGAGUUUGGUCUCACAAACUUAAACUGCCAUCAGAUUUAUUUUUACAUUUCCUUUUUUCUUCAUCACUAUGAUCCUUGGCUGCCAGCUGCUAGGUUCCAGUUGCAAUGCUUUUUAUGCUUAUUUUUCUGAUCUUUUGAUUGGUAUCUUAGUUGGUGGCAAUCAGCAGUAUGGAAAAUUACUAUCUCUGGUAAUACAGAACAAGUUUUAUUUCCAAACACUAAUUCAAAUUCAAAGAGCAUUGUAAAUCCCCAAUUAUGAAAGAAUGUAUGGGACUCCCAGUCUAUCUCCAAAUACAGAGCAUAAAUCGCCCAGUCAAUAUCAAUUACGUUUUCCAAAAAGUCUAUAAUUGACAAAAUGAAUGAGGGUUUAACUUUGAUUGUCGCUUUAAUGAUUUACUUCAAAUAUCUCCCAAUCUUGGUAGAUCUAUCUGCUCUGUGCAUUUCCUUUGCUCUGUUAAGUUCACAAAGUCAAUCUCCCCCACAUCUGUUGCCAUGCAAAUAUUAGGAAAGCUCCCCAGAUACUCAUACCCACGCUCAUAACAUCAUAAUUGUGAACCAAAACCCCAGACUGCUCCAUUGACAACCCAAGAUAUCCAAGAACUGGGCAAACCAGUAGAACUGGUAACAGAAGAGGAAUCAGCCUGGAAGGUUUGUCCCUGGGUAUCCUCAGAGCAACUCUGGAUCCCAUGAAGACUCAUGGCAUCAACUACAGUGAGCAGCUUUGUACAAGGAAACCUAAUUGCAAUGUGCUGACCUCCUUCAACUCCCUCAGCGGGGCUGCGUCAAGACUGACCUCUGGUGUUUGUGACUGCUACUGAGAACAAAUUGUCUCUCCCCUCACCAACUGUUGUACUG